AUGCCAGGCGUCAUGGACAACACGAUGGCCGUCGCUGCCGAUGGCGCCACUGCGGGCGCCGACGAAGUUACCUACGAGCCGUACACCGUGGUCGAACAGCGCGUCCACUUGGAUUUCAACUUCCAGGCGAAACAGAUACAAGGCACUACCAUGAUCAAGAUCUUCCACACUGGCGGCGACGAGCCCGAGUUUGUCAAUAUAGACGCGCGCCAGUGCGAAAUCGACCUCGAGAAUAUCACGGUCAACUAUCAGAAGGUGAAGGGCAGAUACAGGGACCCAUACGAGUUCAUGGACACACCAAAAGGCUUUGACUGGAGUGUCCAACAACAUCACCUCAGAACGAAGCGCAUGAAGCGACUGCAGCCCAACAUGCGGGGCGAUCUGCCCAUGACCGGAAGGGAGACCAAGGGAUGCCAGCCUGCUAACGGGGCGCUGCGGGUCUGGUUGAAACCCGAGAAGAUCGUGCUCAAGCCUGUACAGACGCCUGGGGUGUCUGGCCCUCAAGAGCCCAUCGAGCCACACACUUUCAAGAUCGAGAUCCCCUUCCGCAUCACACAUGUUCGAGAUGGAUUCCACUUCGUUGGUGUCGACGAGGGCGAUACUCAAUACCCGCAUGUCUACACGCGGCAUUCCGUCGAGCCUGGAUAUGCCAGCUGUCUCUUUCCUUGCGUGGACGAUCGGACCCGGGUGAGACAGUGGGAGAUUUCACUCAAAUUUCCACGCACUGUUGGAGACGCGCUUAAGCAGCCUUUGGCCUCACAAGUUGCAGGAUUGCCGUCAUCUUCUGGCACUCGUCCGGCUGCUUCCAGAACGCAACAGUCUCACCGCGAGUUUGAAACCACUGAGGAGGACAAGUUGCUGGACAUGACCGCUAUAUGCUCUGGUACGCUCAUCGGAGAACAUGAAGAGAAUGCUGGUGGUGAGAGCAAGAAGGUCAUGAAAUUCAAUCCCAAAGAUUGUGGUGCCCAGCACAUUGGCUUUGCCAUCGGCCCAUUUGAGGAUGUAGAUCUCUACUCGACCUUCCGGAGCGAAGAGGACGAGGCGAAGCUCGGUGGAAACGCCGUCAAGGUCCAUGGCUACUGCUUGCCUGGCCGGAGCGAUGAGGUCCGGAACACUUGCCAACCGCUGGCUCAUGCAAGCGACUUUUUUACCCUGACUUUCUCAAAGUACCCGUACGAGGAAAACAGCUACAAGAUAUGCUUUGUGGAGGAGAUGGUAGAAAGUACCGUGCCGCUGCAAGCAUUCUCGCUGUGCAGCACUCGGCUUCUGUACCCUCGUGAUAUCAUCGAUACGGAGAUCGAUGUCACGAGGAAGCUUGUCCACUCUCUUGCAACCCAGUACUUUGGUAUUUUCAUCAAUCCAAACGAACGGACUGACACCUGGAUCGUGCUUGGUAUUGCGUAUUUCAUGACGGACCUUUACUUGAGGCAGCUCUGUGGUAACAACUACUACCGAUACCAGAUCAGAACCACAGCCGAGUAUCUAACCGAAGUGGACCAUGGUCGCCCGUCUCUGCACGAGUUGGGACGGUAUUUACACCUGGGCGAUUUUGAGAUGGAAUUCAUGGCACUUAAGGCGCCUCUGGUGAUCUUCAUUCUUGACCGGCGACUACUCAAGUCAUCAAAUAGUGCUGGGGUGGUUCGAGUCCUUUCGCAACGCCUUCGCGAGGCCAUGCAGGCUGCAGACCCUUUCGCCGCAAAUUUUGUUGUCUCUUCAGAGCAGUUCAGGAGGGCUUGUGAGAAGAAAGGUCGCCUGCGGCUCGAAAGUUUUUGGGACCAGUGGGUCCUGAGUUCUGGAUGUCCCAGACUCCACAUAUCGCAAAGGUUCAACAAGAAGAGGCUGGAAGUCGAACUGACUGUCGUCCAGAAUCAAGUAGAGUGGGCCAAGGCAGAGCACCCAUUAGAGAAGGACGAUUUCUGGAGGGACGUGUUGGAAGAGCGGCAAGGUGUCCUUGCUGCCGAAGUACCUCUGACUUUCACCGGGCCCAUGACUUUCCGAGUCCAUGAGGCUGAUGGCACACCCUAUGAGCAUUGUCUGGAGAUGAAGCUGGAUGCCGCAGCCACGAAAGGAUCUCGGCUUGCAAUGCCUUACAAUACUAAAUACAAGCGGAUUAAGAGGGUUCGCCAGAAGAAGCGAGAAAAAGACCACACAAAAGCCCCGGGCGCUGGCAGAGGUGACGGAGAUGGGCAAGAUGAGGAUGGAAACGACGACGACGAGAAAGGACACACACUCAACAUGUUUGGAGACGUUCUGAUGGGCGAGGAGGACAUGGCGUCGUGGAAGCUUGUGGACUGGGACAGCGACCAGCAACAACAGAUGGACCAGGAGUCUUAUGAGUGGAUCCGGGUCGACUGUGACUUUGAAUGGAUCUACUGCCUCGAAACGAACCUGAAGGUCUACAUGACGGUCGCCCAGCUCCAGCAGGACAGAGAUAUUGCUGCACAGGUCGAGUCCAUGCUGCAGCUCACGCGCAAUACGCCAAGCAAUAUCCAAACCACUACGCUGCUGAGAACUCUUUACGACGAUCGGUACUUUUACGGCAUUCGCACCAUGGCUGCGCAGGCUCUUACUGGCCACGCCGAAAAGGCGAACAAUUUUCGGGGAAUGCGCCACCUGAUACGCGUUUUCAAGACGUUCUAUUGCUAUCCAGACUCAGCUAACCCGCGCCCGAAUGAUUUCACUGACAAGAAGAGUUAUCACGUGCAGUCAGCCAUUCCUGCGGCUAUUGCAAGGAUCCGUGGUGGGCAAGAAUUCUGCCCGGAAGAGGCCCGAGAAUUCAUUCUUGAUCAGCUGGUCUUCAACAACAACGAUGAGAACACAUAUUCGGACCAUUUCUACGUUGCAAAACUUCUUGAGGCACUCGCGACCAGCUUGGUGCGCGCCAAAGCCACAGAAGCCUCUGGCGACGAACAAGACCACCACAAGAUGCAAGCAUUUGCGGAGAGGGCUAUUGCGCAGAUUGAGCGAUACCAACAAAUGGACGAGGUAUUCAGUUCAUAUCAGAACAUCUGGACACGCACAGCACUUGAUUGCAAGGUCAAAUUGAUGAAGUCAGGUGUCAUGGCCGUUGAUGGAAUAGAGUUUAUGCAGUACCUGACCCCAGAGACACUGGAUCUUGUGCAGAUCAAAGCAUUCGAGUCACUGAUUGAGCUUGGCCUGUUCUUGAAAGCUGGCCUCAUGAAGUACCUCUUGACAAGCAUGAGUCUCUCUUCGUCACCAUUUGUGAGAGACCGGCUCUUCAAGGCGUUCACCCGUGGCCUGGCCUCUAUCGCUUUCGGAGAGCUUGAUGUCAGCGAGAUUCGACCGGCUGAUGCCAGUUCUGACCCAACCGGGGUAGCCAAGGUCUCACAACAUGCUGCUCAGAACGAUGGGAUAGUCCUAGACGAGGAAGACCACGGCGGCCUAAUCGUUGAGCAAAGCGAUGCGGUGAUCAAACAAAGGCAGACGGACGCGGCGCGGCGGGUCGACAUCGCGGCUGCAAUCAAGGCAAUGAAGGAGGCAUUGCAAGACAACAAGGAUCUGCAAAGGCAGCUAUGGAAGGCCGUUGACUCUCCGGUCCUCGGUCUCGCAGAAAAGCGAAACCUCUUAGAGCUAUGUGCCACCUUGUUCCCCAAGGAUGAUGAGAUGCUCGUUACGAUGAAGUACCCGGUACGGUGGACAGCGGUCAGGGGUCAUUAUCACCGGGGCAAAGUAAGUGCCGUUUGUGUUACUCGUCCUCGAUCGCCUGCUGACAUGUAUCAGUCGCUCGUCAUGACCUUCAAGCAGACGUAUAAGACAUCGUUGAAGCGGAGGCGUGAUGAUGUGGUGGCUGAGGAAGCUAAGCAAGCGGCGACAGCAGCUGUGCCGUCUGCUGCUCGUCCUCUUCAUGAACAAGAGAAGGAGCAGCAGCCCAAGAAGAAGCUGAUCAAGCUAUCCCAUCCCGGACCCUCGAGGUCUGGCGCGCAGUCACCGGCGCCGCCGCCUGCUCCCGUUGCUCGGCAGCCAUCCAUUGCCCGGCAGCCAUCCAUUGCCGUUGCGGCCCCUGCACGGCCUCCUCCUGAGUUAGAGCGAGGUGACAGCAUCUCGGUGCAGAACCGACCGACUGUGAAGCUUCCCUCCGCCCCUCAAUCCGUUGCGGGCACACCCACGCCAGAGCCUUCCCGCCAAAAUACCUCGAGCUCGAAAGUACACAAGAUUUCUAAGAAACGCAAGUUGGCUGAUACAGACGCAACGCCCGCACCCCGACGUUCCAAGAUUGUGACCCUGAAGUACGGCCGGCUCACGGAACAGAAGAGGCAGCAGGUGGCGCGCAUACCAUCUUCUAAGGCCAAGACGAUCCCACCCGCAGAUUCUAUUGUAGCCACGCCAGUUGCACGGUCCAUUGCAGCGGCUGCUUCGCCAUCAAGACAAGGCUCGUCACCAGCUAAUGUCGACGUCUCCAUGGUCUCGACCACGUCUACCCUUAGUGCGGGCUCCUCUUCAACCGCGCAGGCGUCCCAGCCUCAGCAGAAGACACCUUUACCAAACGGAAAGAUGAUUCGCAAGCCUUUGCCCACCGGGCCAUCCGCUGGCUCCCCAACUUCCAGCAUCGCCGCAAAGUCUUCAGGAACUCCUCGGCAGCCAUCGCAACCACAACAGCCGGCGUCGGCGUCGCCCUCUCGUCCGGUCUCGCCAGUGGCUUCGCGCUCAUCGACAGAGCCCGCACCGAAGCCGAAGAAGUUGGUCAAGCUUAAGCUCAAGUUGGGUGGGAACAGGAUUCUGUCGGGGUCACCUGGCAACAAACCACCCCCGCCGCCACCUGCGGGCGAAAAAAACUAA